AUGGACGCAUACAUCUGGUUUGGGAAGCACGCAUUUGGUUCGCUCCCGGGUACCGCGUGUUCCGUCAAAUCCCUGAGUAACGAGCAAUCAAUCAUUGUUGAGAUACAGACCGAUUCUACAUUCGCCUCAUCAGCUCCACAGUGCAAGAAUGGAGCCAACGGCAUCCCGGAGCAAAGCGAUACCAUACCCGUUGUGGUAAAGAGGCCAUUCACGAAAUAUUCGAGGACCUCGGAAUUAGGCGCUAAGCUCACAUCAGUCGGACGACCUUCGCACGCUCUGGACGUUGCUAGUAUUGUCCUCGACGAGAGGGCAAGCAUGCCUUUCGGUAGCCGAAAACCUCGUGGCUGUGUGAUCAAUCAGGCCUUCAGGACCGACCAGCUCGAUUCGCCUAGAGGUGGCGCCAACAGUACGGAUCAUAAUUUUGUGCGUGGACCGGACCUCGUUGCAUCACGCUUAACCUAG